UUUCCGUUUUCAUCUCCGACAAGUUUUGUGAAAAUUUAAUUUGUGAACAAACAAAUAACCUCCAACGAAAACAAUGAACUAUAACCACAGAUACGUUAAACAUCCGCGCUACACGUGCACAGGCGCACCGCCAGAGCGCCAUGCGCCUGCGCAUUUCCAAAGACGCGGGCCGGCCUCGUCGAGUGCCUGGCACGGACGCCAGUUUCAGAGCCCUGCUAGCCGGCAUGUACAGUCCCAGAGCACUCCUACCCGAUAUGUGCAGUCCCAGACACCGACAUUCUCAAGGACACCCACGACUUUUGGCACCACACCGGGCUAUUACCUCAGAGGUUGUUGGUAUAACGCCAGCCUGCCGGAGCAAGUGCAGCCAGAGCAGCAGCAGCACGUGCCACAAUAUUACAUGACCGCGCAGGCAGAGCAAGAGCAGCACCUGCCCCUAUCUUAUCAAUCGGAACAGGUAGGAUCGUCUUCAUAUCCCUUGCAAGAGCAGCAGCAGCUUUCCUUGCAGGAGCAGCAGCAGCAGCUUCCUUCUCAGGAGCAGGAGCAGAGCCAAAUAUUGGCUCAAUCCUAUCAAUUACAGCAGCCUAUGCCUUCAUCCGGUACAUCCCAGCCGCAGUUUAUACUGCUGCCAGCGUAUCCAUCGCAAGAGCAACAGCCGCAGCAGGUCAUCCUGCAAGCCUAUCCUUAUCAGCAGCCUCAGCAGAUCUUUCCUCAAUCGGAACAACAGCAGCCUAUCUCGUUUCCAUCCUAUUCGCAGCAGCAGCGGGUCAGACCAUCGCUGCGAUCUCAGCGAUAUCACGUAGCGCCCCAAACAGUGGCAGCAACCCAGGCAAUGCCAGCAGCUCUCCUGGGGCAGGCACCUCUCCUUAGUCAGGUUCCUCUCCUAGGCCAGGCACCAACAAUAGAAUCCCCAAGGAACCAAGUGGCGCAAGUUUCCCCCGCAGUGGAGGCUGCUAGGCCAGAGGAAGACGCCGCACAACCCGACGAGGUGGUAGAGAUCAAUCUGGGGCCCGGCAUUUAUGCCACCAGAUGCGAUAACAAGAUAACCAUUGACAUUGGUCUGUCUUGCGUGGACAUUGCAGUGGCGGAGAGACGUCGUGAUGUGGGUGAUCUGAUGGAUGAGGCGUUGAACCUUAUCCGUGGGUAUAUUCAUAGACGCCGCCUCCCACGACGCCAAAGAACACGCCUGCGCCACCGUCGACCCACCGUCCAGCGUGUUUUAAUAUCAGAUAAAGAUACACAGACUGUUGAUCCCUGGGAAUCGGAUGAAGAACUCGCGUCUGACGAUCCCGAAUCCAUGCAGGUGUCACCAUCUACCAGUCGAACCUUGACGCAGGAGGAGUUCUUGUCCCCGCAGUCAGCUGGAGUAUGGUUCGAGGAGGAGGAUGAGGGGAAUGAUCUCAUUUGUGAUCAGGCAACCAAAGGCUUAAGCGAUCCUGAUCAACUUGUGGCCACGAAGCCAACUCAAUCGGAGGGGAACUCUCUUCACUGGAAACCCAAAGAAGCCGUCACAGAUCCACCUACCACUCCGAAGAUAACUAAAACCAUUGACGACACCUGUUCCUGGCCGCCUUUGGGCACCCGGGCAUCCACCACCAAAUUCUCCUUGGCCCAAAAGAGCCAUUCCCUUAGGGGCGGUCUUACCAGUUCUAGAGAUUCGAUUGCUUCUUUGGUAUCUCAAAAGAAAUUCCCAAGUAAAGACUCGACCUUUCAACCCAAACAGAUCCUGCAAAACUCGAUGCGAAUUGAAGAGAAUCGAGCUCAGUCGAACGAGCCAGGAGUUUCAAGGGUUCCAGCCUGUUCGCGGGCUCUGAAGGCUCCGCCAAGCCGAUCUUUAAGUUCCGCCAAUAAAAAAAUGAUGAGUUUAAACAGUCGGCAAGUUAAUAUGGACUCCGGUGGGCAAAUGAAGAGGCAUUCCCUCCGAGGACUGAAGCAAAACAAGUCGGAACCGAUGCUAAUAGCCGGCAAUAUGUUCGCGCUGCUGGACGAGCCAGGGGCGGAGCCACCACCUCCGCUGGAGAUCAAUUCUAAGCCAGCUGGUAAGGUUAAAGACCAUUUAGAUCCCCAGAAAUUGGCCGCGAAAAGGGCCAAGAAACAGAGGAAGAAUUUCAAAAAGAAGGAGAGAAUUCGUGCGGCGCGACUGAAGGCCCAGGAAAAGGCAGCCACAGAGGUGAAAGGCACUCCAACUUUAGCUGACAACAACAGUGGCCUGGAUGGGAAACAAUGCGAGAUUCAGUUUUUGGGGGAAAUCCUAUUUAAGGGCCUAACACCACCCACUAUCCCCAAGGAGGACAAGCCCCUAAAGUUCCUACUUAUUGGUGGAGGGGACGUGGCGGAGGAAACCCUCACGGAAACCAGACCCGCUAAAGAAGGUGAUCCUCCAGCCAAGAUCCCUGGACAAAAGGAAGAAUCCCCUAGCUUGGGUGCAAGGAAGGGACGCCGCAGCCAGUUCCUAGAGGCGGUGGCGGGCUUUGCGGAUGCCCUGAAAUCACCCAAAGAAAAGGAACCGCCAGCCAAGCGCAAUUUGUGGGAGAAGAGGAGGAAGUAGCCCGAGUCUUCAGGGCCUAUAUUUUAUAAGACUUUAUACAAAAAUGUUCAAAUUUUAUAUACACACACAACAAUCUCGGCAAAUGAGCUUAAUAAUGUACAAAUUUAUUUGGAAACACACACAGCAAUAUGUAAUGUGUGAUUUAGUUUUGUAAAUCGAUACGAUUGAGCAUAAAUUUUAUACACUUGA